AUGGGAUUGAUACUACUUGUCGUCCUUCACUUAGUGAUCAUGCUUAUCCCAUCGUCCUUUGCGGAGGAGGAAAGUUUCUGUAAUGCAAAACCGCUGGGAAAAUACUGCCUCCCCGAUAAUUCAGGCUGGAAGGAAUGCUUGAUUGAUUCCUUAGAUCAGCCAGCGGAAGAAAUACAUAAGUGUCCACCUGGGCUGAAGUAUGUAUGAGAUUUUUUUUUAAUGUAGAUGUCUAGGAAUGUUUUUCCACACUUUAAGACCUAUUUCGUCGAAACGCGGCAAUGAAUUACGUAAGCCUUACAGUAGGAAGGAUCAAGGUUGUGUUACCACUGUCUGCAAGGAUGGCUAGAGAAGUUCCACGUUCAGUAGAUUAAAGUAUUAGUAAUAGCUAUAAGGCGCGUCUCAUCCUUUGAUGCAUCUCAAGCUUACUGAAAACGGUAACACAUAGGCCCACGAUGUCCACGUAGGGCCCAAUGUCAUGGUCUAUCUGACAUGGGCCGUCAUCGGUCUGGGUGGGCUAGGUGUGAUCAAAACGUAAACUGAAUUGGCUACAAGUGCGCGCCUUUACAUGCUGACGUCCGAUCUUACCUCUCUGGUUCCUCCAUAAUUCAACUGUUGGUAGCCUGCGAAAACAUCCGUUUGUCCUCGCUCUUCGCCGCUGGAGACGUUUCGCGCGGAGGAAGAAGAAGACACGAAAAAUUGGACAAAUUUAUAUUUGGAACCGCAUGACUACCAGAUUUAUUAUGUAAACAUUGAUUUGCGUCAACAGUAUGGAAUUUCUGCAGCUGAGUCGCAGACGUUCCUCCGCUCGAAACGUCCAAAGCGAUGUUUUCGCAGGCUGAGCUAUUGGCUGUUGGCACCGCGUUUUUUUUUUCCUUCGUGUGGAGCCUCCUCGAAGAGGCCAUCAUAGAGGCUGUACCCUUACCCCGUCUGAGCAUUUUGCAAUUCUUCCAACUAAACAUUAAUAAUUCUGCACUAUAAACAGAAGAUCUCUACUACUACUCUGGUUUUCAAUUGAUCAAGCGUACCAUUGUUACGUAAUCGUUAAUCUCGAACCCUAGGCUGAUUUUACUCUGAGAGUUAUCCCAGAAAAUCAGGCUCAAAUCAGUCUUUAUGUGUGAUAUUCUAUUAGGUGCUUCUGUAAGCCUGAACAAGGUCUGUGCAGUACGCACAAAAAUAAUCCUUGUUCACGCUCCAUCGAGGAGCCUCAACGACCUGAAUUUCCCCAGUCUUACUUUGGCGUUAUAUUUGUAACCGACGCAUUUUGCGACAAAGAUGGGUGCGAAGGUCGCAUUGUGGUGAGCGAAAAGUACCGGGACGACAAAAAUGGAGGCAGAUCACGUGAAGACCUCGUGAUGGGAUUAACACAGCACAUGACGGUAAUAAUUGUACCGGAGGAAUCAAAAUGGGCACAGGUAUUUUAAAAGAUGUCGAUAUUAGCAAAACAUGAUAAUACAGAAGUCUCUCCACCAUCGCUGCUUGCCGCUAGGGUUCGGACGUUUCGCGGGAGAGUUUCUCCCCUAGCAUCGAGGUGGGAGGAGAGACGGCUGUAUUCGCGGGCUAAUAGGGGCGACGUAAAGAGAACGGUAAAAAAGGAAUAGGUUUAGAUUGGUAAAACAACAAUUGCACGUGUAUCACGCUUUUUUGUACGUUUCUUUGCCAUUACUACAUCACUACGACGUAAAACUCCCUAAUUUCACGUUUUAUGGAGGACGUCGUACACCAAACAACGAUUUUCUUUUUCUUCUUGUGAACUUACAUGCAGUCCUUUAGAAUUCAACUCCUGAAAAAAAUCGCCAACAUUUUCAUUUAACAAAAAAAAAAAGAGUUGGAAUAAGGUCGAUGAAGUCAGUUGAAACAGCGUGAACUCCCACUUUUUGGGAGACGUUUUCGCGGCUGUUACCGUCUUCGUUGCGUAAGCUCCCUUUAUAAUAUUAGCACACUAACUCAAAACGUUUUCUUUACGCACUAACUCAAGUCGAUCGCUUUAUCGAGUCGACCGGCUCUUGAGACUUUAUACUAGCUGUAAGCUUUUAAUACGUGUUUACAAUCUAUUUAAAGCAAUUUCAGUUUCAGCUUACGAGACACCAUAAACUUACUAUGCAAUAAGUUCUGGAUAUCCUGAAGAUAUCCUGUUAUGAAAUGAAUUGUCUUAUUUCUUCGAUUUUAUGGCUAUGCCUUGGGACUGGUCAAAAAACAACGAGAAGCAUGCCUCAAGCCAAUCGUGAUUUGGACAUAACAAUUAUUAAAAGACGUUUAAACUUGUUUGCAGCAGCAAACAGGGGUACGUAGUUCCUUUUUAAUCUUAAUCAUUCAUUCCUAUUAAUUGUUUUCUCUUUUCAGUACGCCAUUGACUUAAAGGAAGGAGGGCCUUUGUGUAACAAAACAAUCCUCCCUGAAUUCCGAGGUCUCACGAAGGUUCCCGACAAUUUCCUAUUCAAUGGCACAGUAGAGAUUCUCGGCGUGCCAUGCGAGGACUGGAUUUACGAAGCUAAUAGUCAGAGCAACUUUUCUGCUGUCAGGGAUAAAACUCAGAGCUUCGGCGUUAGCCAAACGGCCCGCGACAAAAUCCUCACUCGUCUGACAGAAGACUUAGCCGUCCGCCAAGGAGAAAACGGAGCAGGACCAAUCACAGAGGUUCAUCAUAUUUACGUGGCAAAAAUUAACGGCACCAACGUCCCGCUUAAGGUGGAAUUCGCCAUCUCCAUCCCUAACCAAAACAUUUUCACACAUUACAAAGAAUUCAUGGUGGCCUACUACCCUAACAAGUCUAUCAGCAUCAACAGCGAGUCCCGGAUGUUUGUAAUACCGGAUGCGUGCAGUAACCAGGCAGGAGAUGACGUCACACCAGUGGACAUCCACACCAUCAAGCGACAGAAAAACCAUCAUCCAGAGGAAGAGAUUUAUGACGGGGACGAUUACAUGGAAUCCAAACGAUUUGUUGUGCCUUCAGUGAGAAGUGCAAUGCUUCACUCGUCCGAUCUAUUGGAACAGUACAGGAUAGCUGGUCACGCGAUGAAAGAGGCAAAACGCUUCUAUUAA